GCCGCAAACGGUAGCCCAAAGCCCCGACUCGACCGGGAUUCGGAAGAGGAGAGCGAAAUUUUCAAGGGAUUCGUUCGGUCGCGAGCCAAGUGGACCGUUUCCGGGAGUAGGAAUUAGUCAAGGAAGAAGAUCCUUCGGAGGAAUUAAUACGGUUACGAGCCCCACCUAACGCAGGGAUUCAUGAGAUCCCCGGGAAAUAGGAGAUGCGCCAUAGUGAGGAUUUCGGGAGCCGGGAAAAUCUUCCCCGAGGAGGCGUAGACCUUUUUUCACCCCUUCUCGAAACAUUCGCUUCCCGAGCUGCGACUUCGGGAAUGGAAUCGUCCUGAGUGAAGGAAGUGAAGAAUUGGAGGGUCCUUUUUCUAGAUCCACGAGGGACUCCAUGAACCCACUUCUCUUUGAUAUCUCCCCGUGAAGAGAGGAUCCCUUGGUCCUGUUUUUUAUACGGAGUCGUCGAAUUUCGGGAAGGUGAAGCUUGGAUUUUCCGCAUCGUUUUUCUCAUACCAUUGGGCUUGGGAAUAUUUCUCAUCCUGGAAAGUGGAAGUUCGGACGGCCAAUUGGAGAUCAAUUGACCGGAGUUGACUCUUCCUCUUCCUCUGGGAUUUUAAUUCGCUCCGAUAACAAUCGAGACCCUUCAACUUUAGAAAGACAUCCUCGCGAGAGGAGUCCUGACGAUCCUUCGGUACACAAAAGGAUUUCCAAAGAAAUAUUCGAUAUCGCGAAGAUCGAUUUCAUAAGAAAGGCGAGAAUUCCCCGGAAUUUCUUGCUGCAUUUUCAUUUCCACGUCGGUGGGGAAAAAACCAGGGCCAACGUUGGAUGUAUCUCCCGAAGAAAUCAUUCCCACCAAUUCGUUGGAUAAGCCUCGAGAACGAGGAGAUGAAAAUCACCGAGUAGAAUAAUGGAUCGAAAGAAUAGGUGAGGAGAAGUUGCUUCGUUCGAGACCUCCUUUUGCGGUGCCGGAUAGCCGACGUCGGUUUUCCUCCUGAUCCUCUACGAGAAAAUAGAAGGAAAAUGCUGCCGAAGGAUUUGUUCUCUUGCCUUAAGUGCGGAGUCCCCGAGGAUGCGGACGUCAAUGAGAAAAAGAGCAAGGAGGCUCCUAGAGAACGUGGAAGUCGGUGGUUGCAGUUCGCGGCUGCAAUUAGCGCUUGUAUCGGAGUGAUGUCCUGCGGUGGUCACCUGGGCUGGACAUCGCCAUCCUUGCCGUACCUGAUGGGUCCAGACUCUAUUUUCCCAGUGACCGUGGGUCAAGGUGCCUGGAUAGCAUCCUUGUACACGUUAGGGGGAAUCUUCGGGUCCCUCUUAUCACCUCUAUGCGUGGACCGAUUAGGGCGAAAGAUCAGCCUGCUGGCAUUCGCCCUGCCCCAACUGGCCGGUUGGGGUCUGGUGAUAGCAGCGAGGAACGUGCCCAUCCUCUACGUGGCCAGAUUCGUCGCUGGGGUUGGCCACGGAGGGAUCUACAACGUGGCAGUGAUCUACCUAGGUGAGAUCGCCGACAAAAGCAUCAGAGGUGCCCUAGGAACGUUCCUGAAGAUGUCCACGAACGUGGGGAGUCUGUUCGAGACUUCCGUGGGCGCAUAUCUGCCCUACUGGCAGCUGAACCUGGUGUCCUUAUCGGUGCCUCUGGCCUUCAUCGCCACCUUCGCCUUCAUGCCGGAAACCCCGUACUUCUACCUCCUCCGGGGACGAGACGAGGAGGCAGAGAAGUCAUUGAUGACCCUCAGAAGAGCCAAGAACCCGGACUCCGUGAAGAAGGACAUCCUGGCGAUGAAGGAGGCGGUGACGGAUGGCCAGAAGUCCGGCAGAAAUCCACUUUUGGAGCUGGUCAGCACGAGAGGGAACAGGAGGGCUUUGGUCAUCUUGUUGGGACUGAAGGUUACCCAGCAGUUUUCCGGGCACAUGGCGAUCGUUGCUUACACCCAGGAGAUCUUCAGCCAUAGCGGAUCCUCUUUGGAUGCUGGACAAGCGGUGGUGCUUCUGGGAGUCGCUCAGCUGAUCGCUGGAGUGGUCGCUGCUGGUCUGGUCGACCGUUUAGGAAGAAGGAUCCUGUUGCUGGUGUCCGGGCUUGCUGCUGCUUUUUCGUUGUCACUCGUUGGGCUCUUCUUUUUCCUGAAGUACCAUCAGGAGUCGGACGUGUCAUCCAUCACCUGGCUGCCCAUUACCGCUCUCAUCAUGUACGAGAUCAUGGUUGCUCUUGGGAUAGGAACCCUCCCCUACGUCUUGCUGGGUGAACUCUUCCCGACUAAUGUAAAGGGAGCUGCCGUGGCUUGUGGCAUCAUCGUCGGAUCCAUUUUCGCUUUCAUGGUCAGCCUUAGCUAUCAGAAGGUCAGCUCCAUUUUUGGGAUACACACGUCUUUCUGGAUGUACGCCGUGUGUUGUGCGGCAGGGACCGUCUUUGUCUAUUGGAUCACCCCGGAAACCAAGGGCAAGACUUUGGAAGAGAUCCAGAAGGAGUUGAACCCUCCCAAAAAGGCGGAACUUGAUCCUUGAACUGCGGAAUUGUGCCGGCAGGUGUUAUCUCGCUGAUGGGGUUGGAAGAGCUGGGGCAAAGAAUGGAGCAAGGAUUCCUUUGGUGCCCUUAUGGAGAGACCAUGCUACCUGGGUGACCAUCACCAGGAUUGGUCGGGAUCAACGGAUCGCUUUAGGAUCUGGACACGAGAUUUGGGAGGAUCGAGGUCGUGUCCUUAGAGACUUCUCUGGAUCUGGAUCAGUUCUGCACUCGUGAUAGACGAUCGUAGGUCAGUUCAGGACCUAGGGGGAGCGGGCAGGACUUUGUUUCGCAUUGGCUGGGAAAUCAGUCUUUGUCGGAAGACGUUAUUAGUUGGAUGAGGUUUUUCUAGAGUCCUUGUAACGUCUCGAGAUAUGAAGGACUCGCUCAGAAACGGCGAUUCUAACUAUUACUGCCUCGAUCUUGACCAGGAUCAUGGCAGUUCCUAUUAUCCUUGACUCUGUCAAGAUGACGGAACCUGUCACUUGAACCAGGACGUCGUAUUGAUUAACGAUGUCCCCUAUCAGGUCCACCAGGAACCAGCCUUCAGGACUCAAGGAUCUGUGAUACUCAAUAGAGGCAAUCGGUGAAUCUCCCGGGAGAUCUAUAGACACGUUUCUGCCUCCGACUUUUUCCGGAUUUCGGAGAGAUUAAUAAAUAACUAAAUGA